AUGUUCGUGACAUGUGCUGCAAUUCUAGCUAGUUCCUUGCUGAUUGGCGUUUAUACAGGCGUGUUAUCAUCAGAGAAGACCCUAGCUCGGUGUCUGUGCCGCAUCCAGUCGUUCAAGCCAACCUCCGAGCAGCCAUUCGUGCUUGGUCUGCCUACUGGCAGCAGCCCCGAGCUCAUCUACAAGAUUCUUGUGCAGCGUCACCGCGCCGGCGAGAUCUCUUUCAAGAAUGUCGUGACUUUCAACAUGGAUGAAUACGUCGGACUUCCUCGCGACCACCCCGAGUCCUACCACAGCUUCAUGUAUAAGCACUUCUUUUCUCACGUGGAUAUCCCACCGCAAAAUAUCAACAUCUUAGACGGCACCGCCUCCGAUCCCAUAGCUGAGUGUGCCUCGUUCGAAGCACGUAUCGCCCGCUAUGGCGGUAUCGAGCUCUUCCUCGGUGGCGUCGGGCCAGAUGGCCACAUUGCCUUCAACGAGCCGGGCUCGUCACUGAAUAGCCGCACGCGCGUCAAGACCUUGGCCUAUGACACUAUCGUGGCGAACUCUCGCUUCUUUGGCAAUGACACUUCGAAGGUCCCCCGUAUGGCGAUGACUGUCGGUAUCCAGACAAUCAUGGAUUCCCGGGAAGUAGUGAUCGUAGCCACUGGAGCGCACAAGGCGAUUGCCGUGCAAAAGGGCCUCGAGGAGGGCAUCAACCACAUGUGGACUCUUUCCGCUCUACAGCUACACCAGCACCCGCUCGUCGUCUGCGACCGUGAUGCCACUCUCGAGCUCAAGGUCAAGACCGUGCGAUACUUUGAAUCGAUUGAACAGGGCGGGACCGAUGCCCGCACGCAAGGCCCCGCCCUCGUUUACCGACCCCGAACCUACGUCCCGGCCCCACUGCUAGCCAAGAAAGCCAAGUCCCAGCCGACCGCUGACGGCACACCCGAGAAAGUGCCCAAGGAUUUGCGCAUCAACACUGAGCUGAAGCGCGCGAUGGAGGACGAAGAACUCACACCGGACAGUAUGUCCUCGCGCCUGGUGGAUUCAGCCAUCGGUGGCCUUGACGAUACUUUGAGGAGUGACCUCAUAUUUGACCGCAUGGGCACCAGAAUCACUACCCUCUAA